CGUGGGCAGCAAGAAGUAAGGAACGCCAUGGUGCCAUUCUCGCAUCUCUUUCCAUGGAACAGCCCUGAUGCAGAGUGGAGUGUGCCUGGUCCACACACAUGUCACGGAACGGUUUUUUCCCUCGCUCUGCAGCUUGCGAUUGCGAUGCUCGUCCUUGUCACUUGUUUCGGCCUAAGGCAGCGAUCCCGGGCGAUCAGAGAACAGCACGUAUGGUGAUUACAAUCAUGCGAUAACAAAGGCAGAAGCAAGAUGUCAUAAUAAUCGUGUUAUGACAAUCUGACAGGAAGGUUCGCGCGGGUAGGGUUGACGGGAGGCAGGUCCUAGUCUGCGCUGAACGUAAAAAAGGAGGGGUGGCUGGGUGGUGGUGGUGAAAGGCCCUGGGGUGGAUCUGUGUGUCAAGUGAAGGGGUGUCGUCAUGUGCAAUAUGCAUCCGUCCCAAUGUGUGCCCAUGAUUCGCGUUUGGCGAACAGGUGGGAGAUUUGGCAUUGGGAUUUUCCCUU